AUGUCCAAAGUGAAUGCAGAAGGAACCACCGAUCAUCGAUAUUCAUGGCUCAAUUUUUUACCCUUUACACGAUUACCUGGAUCUGUUCUCUCCGAGAAUAAACAAAUAUUUGAGGAACAGAGUUAUCAUGUUCGGAACGAGAAGAUUGAUCUUUCUGAACUUAUCAAAACCAUGCAGCAAGGUACUUUGAUGUUCGGACAUGAUGAAGAGGAGAAGGCUCAUGAAGAAUUGCGAAAUUAUUUUGAAAACAACCAUACGGAGCAUUCUGAAAAUCAAGAAAACAGUCAUCGCUCCGAGUUGAAGGUUUUAGAUGCUGAUUGUUUGCGAGUUGCGUUUGAGUUGGAAGAAAAAACACAUAGAAAACCCUUGGUAUUGAAUUUAGCAAAUAGACAUGGUGAACAUGUUUGUGGAAAGUAUUGGCAUCCAUAUUUGGGUAGUCAAGAGGAGUUUAUUGAAAGAAAAAGUGCGGUGUAUAGAUACAGCUUAGAUCCACAACACAAUGAAAUUUUAAAACAGCAACUUGUUGGUCGAGUACGCAAUCCCAAUAACAUUACACAUCACAUUCCAAGAUUUGGAGCUAUUGUGUCACCAGGUGUGCCGAUCAUUAGAAAAUUCGAAGAAUCCAAUGAUUAUGCUUUGAGUGAAAAUGUUAAAACGAUUGAUGUGGUGGCAUGUGGUGCUGUUGAUUUACGACGCAAAUGGUUCCGUGAAACAGAUGUUCUGGAUUAUUAUGAUUCGUCAAACAAUUUUAAUGAAGAAAAGUUUAUCAAAGACACCAAGUUGAAAAUUAGAAUUGUAUUAUUGGCAGCUUUGAAAACAGGCCACAAGGAUCUAGUUCUGGGAGCGUUAGGAUGUGGGGCGUUUCUCAACGACCCUGCAAUUGUUUCCAAGUGUUUUCACGAAGUGUUGAAAGAACCACAUUUUCACAACAAGUUCGAGAAUAUUUACUUUGCAAUUUUAGGAAAGAAAAAUUCAUCCAUUUUCCAAAAAGAACUUGAGGAUUUGAUUCAUUGA